CUGUGUCUCAUUGGGUUGGGCCCUGUACAAGGUGGUGUAGCUGCCUGUGUUGCUAGAAAAGCACUUCCAGGUGUGGAUAUAGAGGGUUUGCCGCUGAUCUGGGCUUCUGGAAUCUUCCUCUUUGACGGGAAGCAUUUUAAUGUUAAUCAGAAAUACCUCCAGAGGAUUCAGGAAGCUGUGGAUGUGAAGAAAGCCUGUGAGGGACCGGCAUGGGAAUCCUAUACUCUGAGCCCAUCUGCCAGGCAGCCUAUCAGAAUGACUUCGGCCAGGUGUGGCGGUGGGUGAGGGAGGACAGCCACUACAUCAACGUCCAAGACGGCUUCAAUGGAGACACCCCCCUGAUCUGUGCCUGCCGGCAGGGCCACCUCAGAAUCGUUUCCUUCCUUUUAAACAGAAAUGCUGAUGUGAACCUGAAAAACCAGAAAGAGAGAACCUGCUUGCAUUAUGCUGUGAAGAAAAAAUUUACCUUCUUUGAUUAUCUCCUCAUCGUCCUCUUAAUGCCUGUUCUGCUUAUUGGUUACUUCCUCAUGGUGUCAAAGACAAAGCAGAAUGAGACCCUUGUCCGAAUGCUGCUCGAUGCUGGUGUGGAUGUUAAUGCUGCAGACCGUUAUGGCUGCACUGCCUUACAUUAUGCCUGCGAAAUGAAAAACCAGAACCUUAUCCCUCUUCUCCUUAAAGCCCAUGCCGACCCCACAAAAAGAAACAAGGAUGGUGAGAGUUCCCUGGAUAUUGCACGAAGAUUAAAAUUUUCUCAGAUUGAAUUAAUGCUAAGAAAAGCUUCAUAAUGCCUGUGGCCUCAGAUGGAGAAGUAGAAAAAGUUAAAGGACUAGAUUCUGUCUGCAUCUUGGACUAUUGGUCUGUGUGUGGGCCACCCAAUCUGGGUACUGCCAUCUUAUGGGGUCAGUGAUGGUUGCCAAGGAUGAUGUUUUUGAAGACAUUUGUAGUCAUGUCCUCGCUCAAUGGACUUCACCAUGGCCCUAAAUCUAGAGGACAUACUAAAGCUGUUGAAAUUUCUACUUGUCAAAAAGGUGAUGCUUCGAAUUUAGUCUCUCCUGAAGAAGAGGAUCAGUUAUCUCAGACAGUCAUCUCCUCUUUGCUGUGAGCUCUUAGAAGAGGCUGUCCCAUCUAUAUCACACCCCAGGAGACACUCUUUCUCUCAGGCCCCUGUAAGUGGUAAGAUGAAGAGUGCUAGUAUGUACAUUUGUAUAGAAUGGUAUGUCUAUGUGUGUGGUUUGUGAUUCACAUGUAAAUGUUCCUUUGGCAAAACAACUGUGACCAAAACAUUUGUCAGUUGUCAGUGGUGGCAGUUUUACACAUAACUGUAAUUGGCAAAUGCUAAACCCAAGGCUUUUCUUUUUUUCCUGGAGAAUCACUUCACCAGCACAUUGCUAAACAAUUUGCUGUCAGUUUACACACACACACACAAAAGCCAUCUUGAUUUUGAGUAAGAUUAUGUAACUAUCAAUAUGUUUGUUCAAAAAUAUCUCUUACUCUCUUGUGAAUGCAAGGCAGCUAUUGAACUUGUGAAUUCUGUUUAUUUUAUUGAUAAAAUUUUAAAUAUUACUGUAGUUUGGGGGAGGGGUGGGGGAAAGGCAGAAAACUGUACUUGAACAACAAUAAAAAAUAAUAAUAAAAGAAAACCUAAAAAAUAAAUAAGUAAAUAUUACUAUAGUUUAUUUAGAUAAAGUAUUCCUACAUAAGAAGGAGGUAUAUGAUGAGAUAGUAUCUGAGUUAUACUUCUAGAUGAAAGAGAGAAUAUCAAAGUAUUUGUCCAAUUCCUUUGUCAGUGAAACAGUGAAAAAGUAUAUUUUUAAAAUGAUUAAAUUUGCUGUGGCUGGUAUAGCUCAGUGGAUUGAGUACCAGACUGUGAACCAAAGGGUCGCUGGUUCAAUUCCCAGCCAAGGCACAUGCCUGGG